CCAUAGUAACAAUGACAAAACAAGCCAGUUCAACUCCAGGCAGGCAAAGGGAUGAUUGCAGCUGCUGAGCAGAGGCACAGAAACUUGUGCUGUGGAGUCCUGUUCACACAGGGGACGGAGGAAGACCAGUUUAGAGCGGACUCCUAAGUUUGAAAUCUAGUAAGAAAAGGAGGAAACGGAAACAAAGAAAAUCCCUAAAAGUGCUGGGAAGCAACACGUGACUGCCUGUCCGCACACUCUCACAGCAUGGACCGGGACAGUCACAGUGAGGACACUUUGUCCACCAUGGUUCUGGAGAACAUUAAAAACAAACUGAUUCACGCCUUCAGAGCGACAGGAGAGUCCAAAGAAGAUCCUCAAGACUCUGGAUCCACUGUCAGACUGGUUAGCAUUGGCAGGAGUUACCAAGCCAAUGAGGAGCUGAGGAGGGCGCAGAUAGAUGGAGCAAUAACCUGGCUGAGGUCUGAACUGCUGGAAAUGCGCUCACAGGACCUCCAGCUGGCUCAGACGCUGCUGGGGCUUAACACAGAGAUCCAAAGACUGAGGAGGGAGAGUUUUGGAGGUGUGGAAGUAGAGGGGGAGGAUCAGCAGUAAACAGCCUCCCCGGCAGAGAGCCCUUUCUCUGGGGAUGACCUAAGAGUGACCAGAGGAAGAGCAGGUAGAAAAAAAAAGCUCUUACUGGAACCCAUGCUGGACAAAGAAACAGCUCUGAAAUCUCAGAAGUUCAAAUGGAAAAGAUCAAAUGUGUUGUGAUAAUGGAUUAUUGUAAUAAAAUAUGUCAUGGUACAAAAUAGAAACCAGCUGCAUGUAAAGUAACCUGGGUAGAGGAAUAAGAGGGAUAAAAUGUGCUUGUGAUGCUGGCAUGUUCAAUUUAGAUUUUCUUUUUUUUUUUUGCACUUUUGCUGAGUUAUUUGCUUGUGCAUGUUUUGUUUCUUUGUUCUAUCUGGAAACAAGACGUUGUGAAUGUAAAGAUAAAAUCAAGAACCACUUUUAUGUUGACAUGUUUGUAAUUUGACAAAAAUAAAGAGUGCAACAUCAA